AAAUCUUUUAAUAAUGGGAGUUGGUAAACCCAGAGGUAUGAGAGCAGGAAGAAAGCUCAAAGAUCAUAGAAGAGUUAACAGAUGGGCUGACAAAGAAUAUAAUAAGGCUAUGAUUGGAUCAAGAUAUAAAAAUCCAUUUAUGGGUGCAUCACAUGCUAAAGGUUUAGUUGUUGAAAAAAUUGGAGUGUAAAUAUAAUUUUAUAAACUCUAUCUAGUGAAUCUAAAUAACCAAACUCUGCUGUCAGAAAGUGUGUUAGAGUUUUAUUGAAAAAGAAUGGUAAAAAAAUAUCAGCCUUCGUUCCUAAGGAUGGUUGCUUAAAUUUCUUAAAUGAAAAUGAUGAAGUUACAGUAGCUGGAUUCGGAAGAAAGGGACAUGCAGUUGGUGAUAUUCCAGGGGUCAGAUUUAAGAUUAUUGCAGUUAAAGGAAAGUCACUUUUGGCUUUAUGGCUAGGAAAAGUAGAAAAAUGAGCAAACCAUUAGCUAUUUAUCAGUAUAUUAACAAUUACAUAAUCAUAUGC